AUGAAAAACAAACUGGCGGUUCUCCUAAGGAUGUUAGCAGCUGAGAAAAUUGACAUUAUUGGCAUUCAGGAAAUCCACUUUCCAGGGGUAAACACGGCUAUUUUUAAUGACUAUAAAAUUUCCUGUUCCGGCACCACCUUGAAUAGUUGGUCCGGGAUAGCGUUGCUUAUAAAUAAACGUAUGCAGAAACACACAAUCAAAUUCGUACCGGUAUCAGAAAGAUGCGGACUGUUAUAUUUGAACACAAAUUUCAGGCCCACAAUAAUCAUAAAUUUUGAUGUCCCUCCCAAUAGGAAUGAGAGAUCAAGUUUCGUUGAUUCUAGGAUAAAUACGAUACACUCCCUACUGGGAAGAUAUAAUAUAAUUAUCUUAGGAGAUUUUAAGAUGAAAAUCGGCAAAGAAGCUGAAUAUGUAAAUAGUAAUGUUAUUGGGCAUGCUACAAUACUACAACGAAAUUGUGAACAUAGUAAGAAACUCCUAGAUUUCUGUAGAAACAAUAAUUUCAAGAUCGAGAAUACUUUCUUUAGCCACCGUGAAAGUAACACUUACACCUUUGUAAGGGCUCGGCAAAAAUCUCAAAUUGACUUUUUCAUUUCGAACGUUCACCGGUGGUUUGAUGAUGUAAAAGCACUAACAAAUAUUAACAUAUCAGAUCAUAGAAUGUUCAGAGCAAACAUUACAGUUAAAAACCUAUGGAGUUAUCACAGUGGAAGUAGACAAACUUCAAUCGGUCCUAAUACUUAUCUUUCGCGCACAAAUAUAACACGCAAACCCAAUAAAGUACAAAUACUAGAAGAUGCGAGACUAUUCGAUCUAAUGCUAAUUAGGAAAGUAGCUAACUUUGUAAAUAUAACUAGACAGGAAAAGGUAGAAGCAUGUUAG